AUACAAAAAAUACCCUUCCCCAAAUGAACCCACACACGGAGCUUGUUGCUUUGUUUCCUUUCAUUGUGUUUGUGUCUCCUCUCUUGUUGCCGUAUAAAAGACUCGCCCUCUGCACAAUCCCAAACCCGAAGCCGAACUAAAACCUCACUGCAACUCAAAACAGGAACCAACAGUUUCCUUUGCAAUAUUUUCUUCUUUCUCUCACCGCCGCGCGAAUCCUCCUUCUUCGUUGCUUCAUUCUCUGCUUCUCUUCACUCGCAUUCUUCCUUCCUACCGCUAUGUUUCUAUCAAAGUUGGAAUUCUAGUUGAUUAGUUUUCCUGACUCUAGUUGGAAAGAUGGGAAGCACAUUUAAUCCACAGAUUUUGGUGGAAAAACUAGCCAAGCUGAAUGUUUCACAAACGAGCAUAGAGACCCUGUCACAUUGGUGCAUUUUUCAUAUGAACAAAGCCAAACAAGUUGUUGAAACAUGGGAUAGACAAUUUCACAGUUCUUCACGUGAGAAGAGAUUGGCAUUUCUGUAUCUUGCAAAUGAUAUUUUACAGAACAGCAGGCGAAAGGGUUCUGAAUUUGUAGGUGAAUUCUGGAAGGUUCUUCCAGAUGCUCUUCGAGAUGUGAUUCAAAAUGGAGAUGAUUUUGCAAGGAAUGCAGCACUUCGGCUGAUUGGUAUAUGGGAAGAGAGGAAAGUUUUUGGUUCUCGUGGUCAAAUUCUUAAGGAAGAAUUUGUUGGGAGUCAUGUGGAAAAUAAUAGCCGAGAUGUGAAACCUACAAACAUGAAACUGCUAUCGCAGAGGCCAUCUGUGGGGAAUGCAUUGGAGAAAAUAGCUUCAGGUUUUCAUGUGGUUUAUGGAGGGCAAACAGAUGAAGAUGCCGUAUUGAGCAAAUGCAGGAAUGCCAUUAACUGUCUUGAUAAAGCAGAAAAGGAAAUAGUUUCAGGGCAAUUCAGUGGAUCUGCACUAGUGGAUGAGCUCCAGGGGCAUAAUGCUGUACUGAAGGACUGCAUUGAGCAAUUAACUGCCAUAGAGUCAUCAAGAACUAGUCUUGUGUCUCUCUUGAGAGAAGCUCUUGAGGAUCAGGAAUUCAAGCUGGGUCAAGUCCGUAGCCAGAUUCAGGCUGCACAUGUUCAGUCAGAACGGGCAACUAACACCUGCCAACAGUUAUUGAAUGGCAACAACAUUCAGUCAUUAGCUGAGCAGAGCUCAAAGGAAAUUCAAACCUCCAUGACUCCCGCAAGUUUAAGUAUUUCUAGUGAAAGGGAGCAAUCAGCUCCAUUAAUGUACACACCACAAGUGUCAUUUUCUCAAAAAACUGGACACAUUGAGGAAGAUCCACGCAAGUCUGCAGCUGCUGCAGUGGCAGCAAAACUGACUGCUUCAACAUCCUCCGCGCAGAUGCUAUCUUUUGUGCUGUCCUCUCUAGCAUCCGAAGGUGUGAUAGGCAAUCCAAUGAAAGAAUCUUCUGCAGAUUAUCACUCUGAGAAGAGGACCAAGCUCGAGAAUGACCAGCAGCCAUCUUUUAUACCAUCUCAGAAUCCUCAGCAACCACUUCCUCCCUUUCCACUUUCUGAGUCUAUUCAACACAAUGCACCCACAACCAACCAGCAAUCUACUCCCAGCGAACCACCACCUCCACCCUCUUCAUCACCUCCCCCUUUGCCGCCACCACCACCACCAAUGUCACAGUACCCUGUGCCGCAGUUCAUGCAGACUGCCGGAUCCAUUAGUAGUAUGGCAUAUGGCUAUGGUGUGGCACAACAGCCAUCAAUGGCAGCCUAUCCGGGUGUUGGGCCUUCCCUGAAUGGUGUUUCUUCUUUUACCCCUCCUCCAAUGGGUACAUAUCAGGGUUUUCAGGGCACAGAUGGAAAUUACUAUAAUCAGCCCUCAUCAAUGCCUAUGGCCCCAAUAUCUCGACAAUAAAAUCCCCGUCCUAGAUCUUCUUGGCCUAAGGUUGCUUAGAAAAAGCCUUCAUACCUCCACCCAUAACCUUGCUAUGGUAAUCUGAUUCUUCUACAGUCAGGUGUGCACAGUAAGUGCUUUGUAACUUUAGUUGUUGGCUGGUAGUAAUUUCCUGGAGUUAGAAUAAUUUCGUUGUGUUGCACCGAGGAUAACGGGUUUGUACUAUUGUUGAGUAGGUUUUUUUUUUAAUCUUACAGUAAAACUUAGCAUUUUAUGAUUGCCUUGUGGCUUAUUAGAUGUUGUGUGGUUUUAGAGGGUUGUAGGCAUGACGUUAGUAAUUCGACAUCAGUCAAAGCCAGCUUGCACACCUAAAAAUCUGCAUCUUCUCUGAUGAUGUGUUAUAUGUACAGACCAUAUGGUUGUAUUUUAUGGAUUUAGAUGUUGUGCUGGAGCCAAAACUAUGCAUUGAGGGUCCGGUUAGUUCUGAACAUUGUUUUUAUUUAUGAUAUACAUGACAAGAUUUGUUAUAUUUAAGUUUAGAAA